CAAACUGAUCACCUCUUCUGUUCUGUUCAUACCUUCCUAGGUGUCCACCUUCACAUUUUCUCUCUCCUUUGAAAAUCAUCCCCACCUUCUUCAUACCACAUUUUGUUUUUCUCUUUUCAAAACUUUCAACUCUAUCCUUCUUCUGCAUUCACACUUUCUCUCACACAUUUCGUCGAACAUAUAAAGUGCAUCCUUUGUUCUCAUCACUUUUUCCUCUUUGUCUUCUUUCUCUCUCCUAAAUUUCACUCCUUUCAACAGUUGAAAACUUCACCCAUCUCCUCUUUUUCUCUGUUAUACUCAAUUGUUUGAUUAUCUUCUACUUGCAAUUUCAUUUUUCUCACAGUUAGUUUGUUGGUGCUAAAUUUUCUAAUUUAGGUCAUAGUUCUCAAUUUUCUCUUCUUCAGCCGGGUGAAGCUUCAGAUGCUAAUUUGUGGGUAGAAUUUAUUCUGGGUUAAGAUUAAAAUUGGGGUUGCAGAUAUGAAUGAUGGUGGUAAAAAUCAGAGCAAUGGAGGAAGAAAAAGGAGAAAGAAAAAUGGAAAUGGGGUUGAUGGGAGUGUUAUUACUGAAGAAAAACAAGAACCCAAUAGUAAGGGUUUGAAAGAGAUGUUGAUUACUUCAUUUAUGCUAUUAGAAGAUCAAGAGAAGCAUGAGAAAGAAGAGUGGGAAGAACUUGCCCACGAAGAAAAAUCGAAUUUAGAAGCCAACCACAAGAAGAAAACACAAGCUAUGUUAGAUCACUACUCAACUGUGCAAAAUCAUUAUGAGGGAGUGGAUGAAACUGAUAGAUUAAGGCGAAAGAGAUCGCGGGCAGCUGUUAAUUCUGCUGUUGUUGCUGCUGCUACUGACAUUAUUGAUAAAAGUGGCAGUCUUGAUGGUAAGCAAGCUAAUGGCUCAUCGGUAAGCCAUCAGCGGAGAUUAUGGGUGAAAGAUAGGUCUAAGGCUUGGUGGGAUGAGUGUAAUAGCCCUGAUUUUCCAGAAAAUGAGUUCAAGAAAUGGUUUAGGAUGGGGAAACCGACAUUUGAGUUGAUAUGUGACGAGUUAAAUGCAGCUGUUGCUAAGGAGGAUACAAUGUUGAGGGCUGCAAUUCCAGUUAAACAAAGAGUUGCUGUGUGUAUAUAUAGGUUGGCUACUGGUGAGCCUCUUAGGCUAGUGUCUAAGAGAUUUGGGUUGGGUAUUUCAACUUGUCAUAAGAUUGUUCUUGACGUUUGUGCUGCAAUUAGGUCUGUUUUGAUGCCUAAAUAUCUGCAAUGGCCUGACGAGGAAUCAUUGAGGCGUAUUAAGGAGGAAUAUGAAUCUAUUUCUGGCAUUCCUAAUGUGGUUGGUUCUAUGUAUACAACACAUAUACCAAUUAUUGCGCCUAAGAUUAGUGUGGCUGCUUAUUUCAACAAACGCCACACUGAGCGAAAUCAGAAGACUUCUUACUCGAUUACAGUUCAGGGUGUGGUUGAUCCUAGAGGGGUUUUCAAUGAUGUAUGCAUAGGAUGGCCGGGUUCAAUGCCUGAUGAUAAAGUGUUGGAGAAAUCAGCAUUGUAUCAGAGGGGUAAUCAAGGGCUCUUGAAGGGUGUUUGGAUUGUUGGGGGUGCUGGGUACCCUUUAAUGGAUUGGAUCCUUGUGCCCUAUAAUCAGCAGAACCUAACUUGGACUCAACAUGCUUUCAAUGAGAAGAUUGGUGAUAUUCAAAAGGUUGCCAAGGAAGCCUUUGCUAGGUUAAAAAGAAGAUGGUGUUGCUUGCAGAAGCGAACGGAAGUAAAACUUCAAGAAUUACCCGUUGUUCUUGGUGCUUGCUGUGUGUUGCAUAAUAUAUGUGAAAUGAAAGGGGAGGAAAUGGACCCAAAGUUGGAUUUCGAGCUCGUUGAUGAUGAGAUGGUCCCUGAGGUUCCAUUGCAGUCAUUGAGUUCCAUGAAAUCUAGAGAUUCAAUUGCCCAUAAUUUAUUGCAUCAUGGUCUUGCAGGUACUGGCUUUCUAUGAUGAGGAAACUGUUUUAAUUUUUAACAGGCUCUUAGUUUUUCCUUUUCUAAUGUAAAAAAAGCUCCAUAUUGUCACUCUUUCACAAGAUGGUGAUUUUUGGAAUGCAUAGGCCAAAUAUUUGUAUUCUACAUAGAAAAUAGGUAUAUAGAAUACUCUUGGUUCAUACUUUUGAUUGCUGUUGAUCAAGAUGUGAUGUAAAAUUUCAAAGUAACCUUAAUUUUGUACCAUUCUUUUACAUGAUAUAAACUAUAUAUUGCUGAUACUUAA